AUGGGUAACCAAUAUGUGAAGCCGCCUAGGGAGGGUAAUUCUCCGUAUACCCGAUCGGGGGUACCUCCUCCAGCUUUAGUGAAGACAUCGGACAAACCAGUUCAUCGAGUCAAUGACCCUAUGUCUUUGGAACUACACAUGGCGGAUGAGCGUGUCCGAGCUGCUGGUCUUAGUCCAGCUGAAAGAGAAUGGCGAAUGAAAUGGCUCAAAGAUCAGCACUUGCAUCCUGACGAGCCAAUCGUAGUAGACGCUGUACACCGUCAGCUAAAUCCUAUUCGUAUUCUCUAUAGGUGGCCUUGGGACAAGCUUUAUCUUCACUUCCUCAAGCCAACAUUCGGAGUUUACUAUGGAACAGUUAUUCGAGUUUUUGUACCCAAGGCCAUCAUGGCAUUCAUUGCCUUGGAAACGAUCUAUUACUAUUGGAAAUACGAAGUGAAGGACUGGCAACAUCUUCGUGGUAUUGAGACUUCGCCUCUUAGACAAGUAAUCACCAAUGAAGUGGAGAUAAACGAGAAGUAUCCUGGAUUGAUCAAGCAAGCUCUUGAAGAGCCGGGCAAACACAGAUAUUUCACGUAUGUAUUCCUGUAUCUUUCUUUGUAUUGA